CUGCCCUCGCGCCUUUCUGGGACCCUGAGUAACCUUCCCCACAAAUUUCCUGAGGGCUGUCAUUGAGCAUCUUUCUUGCAUCAAUCCAGGGAGAACCCAUCCGCCUCACUAGCCCAGAGCCAGAGCUGCUCUGGGCGCCCGGCACUAGGUACCGUUAACUGCCGGUCACUGGGCGGGGCACGCUCCUGUCUGUGCAGAACUCUGCGCCCAGCUCCAGAGCCACAGGCUCUGGCUGUCCCGCAUCCAGUACAGUCGCGAUCAUAGUCCCCCUGGCCCCCAAACCCUCAGCCCCCUAGCCUCUCACCCCAGAGGCACAGCGCGCCCUGAGAGAGCGUACUGGAACCCUGCAGCUCGGCGCACUUUCUUGUCACUCCAAAGAGGCACCAGGCGCGCCUACCCCACCUCCCUCCCGCCGCUCCAGCUGGCCUCUCCGCCCACCGACCACUAGGUCCCCGGCGUCUUUGGCUCUCAAUUCGAAGUGGAGAUGCGCGAGAGGCUGGCGAGGGCGCGCAGCUCCUGAGAUCGCGCCAGCUGGCACCAUGCGCCUGCGGCCGCUGCCCCUCGUCGUAGUCCCCGGCUUGCUACAGCUGCUCUUUUGUGACAGUGAAGAAGUGAUACACACCACAGAGGGUGUAGACUGGGAAGACAGAGAUGUUCCAGGAGCAUUGGUUGGAAAUGUGGUACACUCACGGAUUACCAGUCCUCUGCGUCUAUUUGUUAAACAGCCUCCAGGUCCAAAGCCUGCAUAUUCAGACAGCAUGGAAAAUUUUUGGGAUUGGCUGGCUAACAUCACGGAGAUUCAGGAGCCACUGGCAAGAACUAAAAGACGGCCAAUAGUGAAAACAGGAAAAUUUAAGAAAAUGUUUGGGUGGGGUGACUUCCAUUCUAACAUUAAAACUGUCAAACUUAACCUGCUCAUCACAGGGAAAAUUGUUGACCAUGGAAAUGGAACGUUCAGUGUUUAUUUCCGACACAAUUCAACAGGCCUGGGCAAUGUUUCCGUGAGCUUGGUACCGCCCUCUAAAAUAGUGGAAUUUGAAGUAUCCCCUCAGUCUACCUUGGAGACCAAGGAAUCCAAAUCUUUCAACUGCCGUAUUGAGUAUGAAAAAACAGAUCGGGCAAAGAAGACCGCUCUGUGCAAUUUUGACCCAUCCAAGAUCUGCUACCAGGAGCAGACUCAGAGCCAUGUGUCCUGGUUAUGUUCUAAACCGUUUAAGGUCAUCUGCAUUUACAUUGCCUUUUACAGUGUUGAUUAUAAACUUGUGCAAAAGGUUUGUCCUGACUACAAUUACCAUAGUGAGACGCCAUACUUAUCUUCUGGAUGAAUCUUUUCUCAGUAAUAGAAACAAAAUACUCAUGUCAAUUUACUUUAAAUGCCCAAGAAACAGGCCCAGCUCACCACGGCAAAAGAUCUCUUUUAUUUCUGGCAGUGGACUACAAUUCCUUGUCCAGUUUCCAAAUUAAAUAUAAAUAUAUAGAGAUA